GCUGAGACCCCACCUAAGGGUCCUGCUGUUGGGGUGUGAAUUGAGUUAAAAUUAACAACAGCAGAGUCUUAGAGGUAUGUUAACAAAAAGGUAGCUUUACUUAGCAGAGUCUUAAAACUGAAGCAAAACAGUACAAAUGGCUUAGUACAAAAAAGGCAAAAAUAAAGCAUAGCAUAGAUUCUAAUAUAGCAGCAUGUCAGUUCAGCAUUACCAGUCCUGCAGCAUGUAACCUCACGGAGAGCAAAGCCAGCCAGUAUGGAGAGCAUACAAUUCCCUGUAUGCUCCAACAGCAUGGAAAGCAAACAUUACCAAUAUCCUCUCAGAAAGCCUGCAGACUUGCAAAGCAGUUGUAGUCUGCAGAUUGGCUAUGAUAGCCACCUGGCCUAAUGGGCCAAUUGCUCUCUCAUUUACUAAUUGUAACCUUACCUUAUUCUGGUUACACCUGCCAUUUGCUACACCUUCAUCCAGUCACAACUUACUGUGCUGCAUUGCACAUCCUGACACCUGCUGCUUCCACCACAUUAACCAGAUCAUCACUGUUGGUUAGCAUCAGCUCUAAUACCGGUAUAUCUAUUGUCUAUUCUACCUUUUGGACAAUGAAAUUAACAGCAAGGCAAGUGAGGAAUUUGUUGUACCUGUGUUAAGAGUUCAGGUUCAUCCUGCUUAUUUUCCACAGUCUUUGCAUUAGUAUAGAGACAUCUAAAACCAAGGGCUAUUCCACCUAUCUGCCUUUUUGGUCCUUAUGCCAUUUGCCUUUUCUCUGUAUAACUGUCAUCACUGACACAAAACCACUAUAGUGAGUUGGCACCUCUUGUGUCUGGCCUUUUUUCUCUUGCUCCAUAUUAAGCCCUAAACUAUCUCUGGGGAUAUCAAUCAGCCUAGACAGAUCACUUAAAAGGGGAAAUGAAAGUCACAACUGAACUUCCACAAAUGUAGCUCAACGGUCCCAUGUUGCAGCUCAGCAUUUCACAAGCACCAUCUGUAACAAGAGUUAUGGAUUCUGUUGUUUCCUUCCAACGCUAUAUCUGUAAUCUGGAUCUCAAUUCCCUGCCUAGAGUGGUGAAGAUCUACUCAGGAGUCUACUUCCAAGGGUCUGUCUAUGAACUCUCAGGCAGCGAGUGUUGUUUAUCGACUGGCGAUCUGAUGAAAAUUGUGGAUAUUCAGCUUCAGCAUGUCAAUUGCAAAAGCGUGGAACAUGGACACACUUUUGAGCUCCCACUGAGUUUUAAAGGUCUUUUUCAGCCUAGCCAAGCACCAAACAAGAAGAAAUCUUUCUCCUCAAAACUCUCAUUCUCCAAGGCCAAAACAUCUGACAACCAUCACCAACAACUUUACACGCUCCAGGAAGUCUUGCAGUCAGCAGCCAUUCGGUGGAGCAGACUGAAGUGUGCUGAAAUUGGCAGUGGAGAGUUUGAGCUGUAUCCUGUGUAUGAAGUUGAAGCAAUAAUGCACUUUAGAAACAACGUUGUGAAGAUUAGCUCCAUGCUGGAUGUUGAAGUGAUUGACAUCACAGAAGAGUCACAGCAAAUCCACUUCAUCAAACCACUGAUGCUGAGUGAAGUCUUGAUGACGGACAAAGUGUUGCCAGUGGAGGCUGAGAUCCUUGCGACUCCAGAAUGUCCACCUGUCUUCCAGAGUGACUGGAUUUCCAACCUAUAUAAGGGCAGUAGGAUUUACAUUCACAACCAAGUGUCAUCGUGGAAGAUUCUGGCCACAGCCUGGAAGAGCAAGGCCCAUGCAGGCCGUUUCCUCAUCUCUAGCACCUAUAAAGGCCGUUUUCGGCGAUGUCCACGCAAAUUCUCCUCUACUUCAGAGCUGGCCCUUGCUUUAGCCACAUCUGAGAAAUUGCAAGUAGUGGUCACAAAGGACUAUGAAAGCAAUGAUGAUGAUUUCCCCUUGUUCUGUAUAGGGGAUCGGCUAGAGUUGCACAGCCUUGCCCGGGCCAGCAGUUCUUCAGUGAUGGACACAUUGGUGUGCUACAGGGACAACGGAGAUGAAGACAGAGAGCAAAUACAGGUGCCUCUGUUUUUGGAAGCUGGCUUUGUGGAGAAUGUUCGUGACAGUAGGAAAUACACACUUCCUGAGGCAAUUGAACACCUCCAUCUGCCUUGCCAGGUGAAGGUUGUUGCCAGUGAAAAUGCUCUUGAUCCUCUAAGCAGCUUCUCUGUUCUUACCCUGGAGGCCCAGAUCAAAGAGCCUUUUCUCACAGUCAGCCUGGCAAACAAGCCAGACCUUACCUUUGAGAUUCCACCCAAGUGGCUGGACAUCUCUCUCUUCUUCACUGGUGGCCCAGUGAAGCCCAUGACUCCAAACAGCACUUCCAAUGUAGAAGAGCUGACUGAGACCUUUUAUUAUGAACUGUUAAAGCAGUUGCCCAGCAAUGAACCACCUCCAAGACCCCCUAAGCGAAAAGAAAGCACACUCGAUAAGUGUUCCCAGAACAGCACAGAAGGGAAGAAGAUUGAAGAGACCUCCGAGUUCAGUAUAUGUCAAGACUCUGCAAAACAUCCAUUCUGCAAACCGAAGCAAAUCAGUAUAGACCACCUUCCCCGGACCAAUUCAAACCAGUACAUCACUGAAUACAAACCUCAAAGAUCCCAGAAGCCUGCCAAACCCUGCGAACAAGUUACAGAUGAUUCUGAUCAUGUGUAUGAAGACGUUAACGAAGAGGUGAAAGGAAUUGUUCAUCAAAUGGGAGCAACUGCUAUUAAACACUGAAACACUCGUCUACAAAGCACCAAUGUUUUCAGAACACCAUGGAUUAGGAAACUGCCGUAUCCUUUACAUUUUUAUGCUUAACUUUGAAAUUAGGAUUUCUUCCAGAAUUAUGGGUCCUGGAAUCAAUAGAAUAAGGGUUUGAAAUAAACUAGAGACAACCAUAAAGAACACAGUACAUAUAGUAGGUCUCAAUAGGACAAAACAGUGAAGGAUCCUUGGUUAAUGUGAUAUCAGAAUCUGUGAUAGAUGUCAUAUUCCUAGCUGAAGUGCUACAAUGAAUGAAAUUGAAAGUAUGGAAUUAGAUUAAUCUGCAGUUCUAACAAAGCCCCUCAUCUUUUAUUUUUAGCAAAUAUGGGCCCAAACAGACAGACCAAAAUAAAGCUGCUUCAGUUCACUUUGAAGGUAUGCUGUUUAAAUGACACACAUAUUGUAAGAGGCCAGAAGU